AUGGUCAUCCUCUUCCUCACGGAGACGAUCAAUCGAGAACAAGAAUUCACAUCUGACGUAAAGAUAUCAUCAGCCAUCUUGCCUGGAAUGAGCGCGACACAAACUCCCCCACAACGACCUAGAAACUCCCCACAACGACCCAGAAACUCCCUCACAGCGACACAAACUCCCCACAACGACACAAACUCCCCCACAACGACACAAACUCCCCUACAACGACACAAACUCCCCUACAACGACACAAACUCCUCCACAGCGACACAAACUCCUCCACAGCGACACAAACUCCCCCACAGCGACGCAAACUCCUCCACAGCGACACAAACUCCCCCACAGCGACACAAACUCCCCCACAAUGACACAAACUCCCCUACAACGACACAAACUCCCCCACAACGACACAAACUCCCCCACAACGACCUAGAAACUCCCCCACAACGACCCAGAAACUCUCUCACAGCGACACAAACUCCCCCACAACGACACAAACUCCCCCACAGCGACAGAAACUCCCCCACAACGACACAAACUCCCCCACAACGACACAAACUCCCCCACAACGACACAAACUCCCCUACAACGACACAAACUCCCCCACAACGACACAAACUCCCCCACAACGACCUAGAAACUACCCCACAACGACCUAGAAUCUCCCCCACAGCGACGCAAACUCCUCCAAAGCGACACAAACUCCCCCACAGCGACGCAUACUCCCCCACAGCGACACAUAAUCCCCUACAACGACACAAACUCCCCCACAACGACACAAACUCCCCCACAACGACACAAACUCCCCCACAACGAACUAGAAUCUCCCCCACAGCGACGCAAACUCCUCCAAAGCGACACAAACUCCCCCACAACGACACAAACUCCCCCACAGCGACACAAAAUCCCCUACAACGACACAAACUCCCCCACAACGACACAGACUCCCCCACAACGACCUAG